AUGGAGCAGCAAUUUUACAGAUGCCCUUCAAUUGCGACCAUUGACUGCCAUACAGCCAUCGCAGACCAAGCGAAAUUACUUCUGCAAGACGCGGCACCUUUAUACGGCAUUGGCAUCCAGUCUCAUCUGAGGAAGGCACCGGUGAUUCAUGUACUGCAGGUCAGAAUUACAUUCUUGUUGAAAAGAUCAAUAGAAAAUCAAUUUCUGACUACUAUCUAUCUAUCUAUCUAUCUAUCUAUCUAUCUAUCUAUCUAUCUCAGUCCUGUUCAUAUCUAUCUAUCUAUCUAUCUAUCUAUCUAUCUAUCUAUCUAUCAUCUGUCCAUAUCUAUUUAUUUUUUCAUUCUGUUCAUAUCUAUCUCUCUAUCUCUCUUUCUCUUUCUCGGUUAUUGUAUCUAUCAUUCCCUCUGUUUAUAUCUAUCUGACCCUCUCUCUCUCUCUCUCUAUCUAUCUAUCUAUCUAUCUAUCUAUCUAUCUAUCUAUCUAUCUAUCUCAGUCCUUUUCAUAUCUAUCUAUCUAUCUAUCUAUCUAUCUAUCUAUAUCAGACUCCAUAUCUAUCUAUCUAUCUAUCUAUCUAUCUAUCUAUCUAUCUAUCUAUCUCAGUCCUUUUCAUAUCUAUCUAUCUAUCUAUCUAUCUAUCUAUUUAUCUAUCUAUCUCAGUCCUUUUCAUAUCUAUCUAUCUUUCUAUCUACAUAUGUAUUUCAGACCCCAUAUCUAUCUAUCUAUCUAUCUAUCUAUCUAUCUAUCUAUCUCAGUCCUUUUCAUCUCUCUCUCUCUCCAUCAAUCUUUCACUUUGUUCAUAUCUAUCUCGGCCCAUCCAACUUCCGCCGUUUGGACGAAGUGGCCAAAGCCGGGCUGCCCAUUUGGAUCACAGAGAUGACCUACGAAAACCCGGACUUCGCCAAUCGGACGGCCGUCUACGAAGACCUUCUCAGAGUCUACUUCAGCCAUCCCGCCGUUGAAGGAAUCCUCUUCUGGGUCAUUUCAAACAACGGAUGGAGACCAAACGCCGCCCUCUUGGAUGCAAACAUGAAGGUUGGUCUUUUAGCAUUUCAUGGCAAUUACCGACUUCAACUCAAGGAAAACGGAAAAGUGAUUUUCAACACGUUGGUAAAAGUCCGCCGUGGACGGCAGAUUGUCCAAAUCAACCUGUCCGAAUGCACAACUUCUUCAUAUCUAUCUAUCUGCCUGUUUCAGUCUCUUCAUAUCUAUCUAUCUAUCUAUCUAUCUAUUUCAGUCUCUUCAUAUCUAUCUAUCUAUCUAUCUAUCUAUCUAUCUAUGUCUGCCUAUGUAUCUAUCUUCAUGUUUGUCAGUCAAUCUACCUCUCUCUCUCUCUUUCUCUCUCUCUCUCUCUAUAUAUAUAUAUGUCUAUAUAUCUAUUUCUGA